AUGUUCUACACUUUCUGCAGCAGUCCGGUUGGGGGCGUCCCGACCUGGAAUAACAUGAGUGCAGGCCUCCAGCCUCUGUCGCCACAGCUGCCGUAUAGGCUACGCAACCAGGUGAUACAGGGCUACCCCGCCACCUUGAACAACGGGCUGUCGGUGAUGUACUAUGCACCAGUCGUGAACAAGCUGAGCCCGCAGCAGGUCUCAUAUUUUCCCAUGGCAGCGCAGCGGUGGUCAUUUGCUUCCGCUUCAGGCGCUACCCAGCCCGCCACAGAGGUCCGCAACUCCAUGUGUUUUGCUCCCUGCGAGAGCGGUGCGAAUGUGAGCUCCAACAGAUCUCCUCUAAUGCUUCAGUCGCUCAUAGACAUGCCGUCGUUCAUGGCCGACAAGCAGCAUCUCCACUCCUUGGAAUCCCAGCCCUCCCCCAUGCUCUCGAGGCUCACCAGAGGCCUGUGCUCCACUGGCGAAGUUACCAAGACUUUUGGCGCAUCUACUACGAGUGUCACGAGCUCCAAUGUGGGCAGCGGCACCUCCAACGGCAUAUCAACCACCACGAACGGCUCCAUGGCUCCUAUGGGGGCUUCAUCCGCAGCUCCUGGCUUCCAGAUGACUGUGCCGCGUCCGACUAGCGCCAUGACUUCCGUGGCUGCGGUGCCACAGCAGCCGCAGGCGUGCUUCUGGGCGAAUCACACCACGGGUGCCCCGACGCUGAUCAGGGCAGAGGACGUGACUGUCAGCGACGCGGAUACAACCACAAGCACGCACUCGUACGCCAUGCAACCACAGCUGUCGAUGCCGUCGCAGUCCGCCUCGGCUUCGGCCACGUCAGUUCCUGCUUACCUGGUGGCGCCGCAGGUGCCCUCCUUCGGCGGGACCAUGGCCUCGAACUUCUCCAAGUCGUUCCCUGGUUCCACACCGCUUGCCGUGCCUGCGUUGCCGUCCCCCCCACAGCCGGCGAAGACUCUGAAUGGCUUGUAUUACCAGCUGGGUGAGGUGUACGAGGGCUUCGUGAAGCGCUACAACCCCAACCGUGGUUUUGGCUUCUUGACUGCGACCACUCACGUUACCGUGAGCGCCAACGGCGACAGUGCGACUGGCACGCCUCCCACCUCUCUGAGUGCCCCAGCCACUGCGGUCCCCCCGACGGCGGAGGCCGAGGCUCCUGAGAAGCGACGCACGCCAGUGCACCUUGGCGACAUUUUUGUCCACCAGUCGUCCAUGCAGAUGGAGGGCUUCCGUGCGCUGCCCGUUGGCGGCCGCGUGCGCUUCCGUAUUGGCUACAAAGACGGCCAACAGACACUCCAGGCGGUGGACGUGGAGUUGCUGCCGCAGGUGUGUCCACUCAAUGUAGAGAUGGCGUCGUCGACGACUCCAGUGCAGCAAGCAAAAACCGCAGUGCUCGAUGAAAUGACCGACACCGUGACGUCUGGACCGCGAGUGGUGCAGCCGGCUUUCUGUGCUAGUCGCAGUGCGGCAAGUGAGCAGCGUUUGGAGGGGUGUGCCCUUAGCUACACCUCCUCCGAGGGGGACGAGCCGCUCAUAGAGCUGGCAUACGACAUGUACUCCAGCUUUGAAAUAUAG